CUAGGAGAGAGAGAUUAAACCAGACCCUUUUCUUUUUCUUUUCUUUUUUUUUUUAAAAUGAUAGUGAUUUAGACUUGAGAGAAAGAGAGAGAGGGAGUAAAGCAGUUGGGUUUCAGUUGGUAAUGGUGGAGAAGAAACUGCGCGUGGUGAAGCGCGUUGUUGAUGUAAUAGAAGUAGUAAAUUAUUAUCAUUUCUUGUUUAUUUUAUCAGUGUUGGUUUUGUGGAUGAUCUGGUGUUGGAUCAAUAGCGGAGAUGGAGGUGGUGGUGGGUUUUUGAUGAUGGUGGAGGAAAAUAUUUCGUUGAAAGUUGGAGUAGAAGAAGUUGUUACAGUGUCGGCCAUGGCUGAACUUUGCCUUGGUCGUCACCAUCAUCAUCACAAUUGUAUACUUUCUUAUUAGGUUACACAGAGGUCAAAAGAAACACGCUAGAUAAAAUUGUUGUAGAAUAAAAAAAACAAAAAAAAAACCCAAAAAAAAACCCUAAUAAAUGAGAUCUCUUCGACGUCUUCCAACUGCAUCCUCUUCAUCUUCAUGGGUUCACUUAAGAUCCGUUCUUUUCGUUGUUGCUUCUUCCUCCUCUUCUUCUACUUCCAUGCCAGUUUCCUCCGAUCGGUCUAGUCUUAAAUCACCAUGGUCUCGUAGGAGAAGAAAGCAUUCCCUCUCAUCCCGGAAAUGGAAAAACUUGUUUACUCUAGACGGAAAAAUUCGUGAUAGAGUGAAAUUCUUAAAGAAAGUUCGUAGUGGAGGUGUAGAUCCAAGCAUAAGGACUGAUGUCUGGCCAUUCCUUCUUGGAGUCUACGACUUGAACUCCACGGAAGAAGAAAGGGAUUUUAUUAAAGUUCAAAAUAGGAAGAAAUAUGAGAAUCUGCGGAGACAGUGCAGGCGACUCCUCAAGCGGAACAGUGAGACUUUUAAGUUGAAGCAAACAAACGGAGGCAGUGGAAGUUCAGUCCAUGGUAUGGAUUCUUCUGGGUCAGAAGAUGUGGUUAGUGCUAGGGAAUCUCUCUCCUCCGAAGGAAGAAGCCUGGCAGACGAAGACUCAGACCCAGAAGGAAUCAUCCAUAUCAUAAACUCUUCUGGACCUAAUUUAUUUCUAGAAUGUGAAGAAGGUCACAGUGUAAUCACCAAUUUUGAUCCAUCCGAGUCUUCUGAUUCUGACUCCUCAGUUGAAGAAGUUGAAAGUCAGGUUUUUCUUGCCACGGAAGGAAGCGAAGAGAAUGACCUGAACAAUGCCAAGGAGGAAGCCCCGUCAACAGCCGAAAUUAGUUCUGACACAUACAUAGCUGAAGAUUUUGCCACAUGGCAGAGGAUAAUCCGUGUAGAUGCUGUACGUGCAAACUCAGAUUGGAUGGUGUAUUCCCCAAGCCAGGCUGCAGUAUCAGAGGGUCGGGCCCGACGUUCAGCUGAGGCUGUUAGAUUAAAGGACUAUGAGCACCUUGAGCCAUGCAGGAUCUUUCAUGCAGCGCGGCUUGUUGCAAUUUUAGAGGCCUACGCACUUUAUGAUGCAGAGAUUGGAUACUGUCAGGGAAUGAGUGACCUUCUCUCUCCAAUAAUUGCAGUAAUAGAAGAGGACCAUGAAGCAUUCUGGUGUUUUGUUGGUUUUAUGAGGAAAGCUCGACACAAUUUCAGGCUCGAUGAAGUUGGAAUUAGGAGGCAGUUAAAUAUUGUUUCGAAGAUCAUUAAAUCUAAAGACUCCCACCUUUAUAGGCACCUUGAGAAGCUUCAAGCUGAGGAUUGCUUCUUUGUCUACAGAAUGGUGGUAGUUCUUUUCAGAAGGGAACUUACAUUUGAACAAACAGUGUGUAUAUGGGAAGUAAUGUGGGCAGAUCAAGCGGCACUUAGAGCUGGAAUCGGAAAAUCUGCAUGGGGGAGGAUACGGCAAAGAGCCCCACCGACAGAUGAUCUAUUGCUCUAUGCAAUUGCUGCCUGUGUACUCCAGCGCAGGAAGCUGAUCAUAGAGAAAUAUAGCAGCAUGGAUGAGAUUAUAAGGGAGUGUAAUAGCAUGGCAGGGCAACUUGAUGUUUGGAAACUUCUAGAUGAUGCCCAUGACUUGGUUGUGACCCUUCAUACAAAGAUUCAAGAGGAUCCGUCUGAUGUCAGCUAGGGAACUUUUCAUUCUUAUGCUAGUGGACAACAAAUCAAUAGGUCGAAAGCAUCACAAUGCUGAUGAUAACAGAUCAAAAGGGGAGUAAUUGCUUCAAGCUUGGGAUGAUAAAUCAUUUCGACAUGUAUCCAGGUUCUCAUCUCUUCGAUAACAGAUCAAAAGGGGAGUAAUUGCUUCAAGCUUGGGAUGAUAAAUCAUUUCGACAUGUAUCCAUGUUCUCAUCUCUUCCGCUUUUUGUUAAUUAAUAUUUAUAUCUCUGAUGUACUCACUCUUUUUAAGGUUUUUCCCUACUAAAUCCAGGGGAAGUCCUCCAGAAAAAAAAAAUGUUGUCUUUGCAACAAUGGUACUUGUAAGAAGAAUUAAGAAAGGAAAAAAAAUGCUAAGGAAUAUGUAAUGUAACUCACAAUUCUUAUUUUUGCCCACUUUUCAAGAACUGAAUGUUGAAUGGGUUGUGGCAAAACAAGAUACAGAAAAAAGAGCAAUUUAAGUCAUAAGGCAGAAUUUGAUCUUUUUCUAUU